AUGGAUGCUGGAAAACUGAAAAAGCAGAAAGGGAGCCGGGCGAUGGAAGCUGCGGAAGGGAAGAGGGCCAGCCUCCUGACUUUCCUUGCCUGGUGGCACGGGUGGACCUCCCAAGCCAGCUCCAGCGCCCUCAUCGGAGGGGAUACCAGUGAGGUGUCUAGGCGACAGGAAAGCCCACCUCUCCAGCAGCCCCCACGCUGGGAUAAAAAGCCCUGCAAGAACUUCUGGAAAACCUUCUCCUCUUGCAAAUAA